AUGCUUGCUCGGGUUGGAUUGCGCCGGAGCAUAGCCCGACCCUAUCAGUUGUCGUGGCUUCGUUACCAGUCUAACCAGCCUAACACGCCACUGGACUAUACCCCGAAAAAGAACUUGCCCACACCAGGAGAAUGGAACCAGCUUAAACAGCACAUCCCGGGGGAGACGGUGCAGACCAAUACGCUCAAGGAUAGAGUGCCGAUGUUCCCUCUUGGUAAAGAAAACGUUCCCACCCUCAUUCCUCGUCCAGGAGUGCCUCGAGUUGGACCUCAAUAUACUUUCCGCCAGGUGGUCGAUAUCUUGAAAAAUAAGAAACAGCCGGAACUUAUCUACGAAAGUGAGCCUCACCGUCUUUAUUUCCUUACCUGUUUCUGUUGCGCUUUGGUAUUUGCUGUCUACGCCUGUGUAUUGCUAGAGUACGCUUGGUUCCAAGCCAAUAAGGACUACGAAGAAAAUACCACUGAAAAGAACGAAGUAUUGCGCAAACGGGAAUGGUUGUUCAGCUUGAUGAAGAAUGCUUCUUUCGGUAUCAUUAUGGCCGUGGCCGCGUUCGCCGUCGCUAAGUUCCCUACGCGGUUGAUCCGUCGUAUGUGGUACUUACCUGCGGGUAAGGCCACCAAUGCUGCCAAAGGUGUUUCCAGUACUGGCGCUGCAACCACUCCUGAAUUUGUCCAGUUUACCGCAUAUCCGUUAUUCCCCGGUCAAGCUACUCCCGUGAUCACGGUGCCUUUGGAAAACCUUACUCGUCGUCACACCGCGAGAGUCUGGACCGGUAAAGGGUUUUACGGUACUGCUGACAACUCGUUCUUUUUCUUUGUACUUAAGGAGACUGGUGAACACAAGCGUAAUUGGAUUGUUGACCGUAAAGGAUUCUUCUGGUCCGACGGCAGAGUGUUCGACUACUUGUUUGGCAAGGAGCUGUUAGCUGCUGCUGAAGCCGGGAUCCCUUACGACGAGCAAGUGGGGAUCAUCAACCGCGAGGUGGCGAAGAAGAAGAAGCAACUCCGCAAAGAGCACGGCCCGUUGUGGAGACUUAAAAUGGGGGCUAACGAAGCUAAGGCCGACUUGGACAAAGCUGGCUCGUACGUGCAAGGUUUGCGCAAGCCUGACCAAAAGCGUUUAGGCAAGGGCAAAUCGUGA